AGAAACGGCCUUGUUAUGCGGGAGACGAAAGUGUUUUGGCUACUUGCCACUCAUCCCGUUCUAGUGAUGGCCGACACAUGUCUAAGUCAACCACAACUUGUCGGAGUGAUAUUCGGCAGCGUUGGUGCUACCUUAGCGAUAUGUCUUGGACUUGCUGGCGUGUUCUGGUUUGUUCUGCGGAAAACUGAGGAUCGAAAAACUGUUGAAACAGCAGCAUAUACGAAUGGCGAUAUUGAAGGCAAGCACUGUGGAACUCAAGCAAAAGUUUCGCAGAAGGAUCAGGUAACAAUGAUCGAUUCAUUCAAAUUACCUCGAAAGUUACUAGAUACGGGCACUCAAAAAUCAUUUUCUGUGGAGAAUGUCAACGAGGCAAAUGGUAAAGUGGGCGUUUUGCUGCAAAGCGAAAACCCUUCUGGAUUUGGUAUGACAAUCCAGGGCAAUAUGAAUGAGGGCAUUUAUGUGAAAGAGAUUGUGCCAAUGGGUGCCGCCUACCAGACUGGAAAUAUCCUACCUGGUGACCGUAUAAAAACACUAAGCAUCUGCUUUGACAACAUGGUCUAUGAAGAUGCACUAACUCUACUCAGCUACGCAUCACCGUAUAGGGUCAAAUUCGAACUCGAACGAAAGAUUGAAACUCCACCACCGAUGGAAGGCGAUUAUGGCAAUGCUCGGCUUCAUCCGCUGUUCCGAAGUAAUACGCUAACACACAUUCAGUUCAAUCCGAUCAGCUCUCCAUCACCACGCACUUCCUCUGAUGACGAAACUGAAAAGAUGCACGAAACACCUCCACCUAAGGAAGAAGAAAAAGUCGAGCCAAUCGUGGAAGAGCCAGAGUCUCCAAAGCCUGAUGACAUAGAAAUGGUGGAGCAGAAAACAGCGGAAAGUGCUUCUCCUGAACCGCUGGUCACUAAAGUCAUUAGCGAAGUUGCUGACAGUACUACUAUAGAUACCGACUUGUCAAAAAUGGAAAGCAGUGAUUACGCUUCUGACAACACUUCUGAAUAUAGAGAAAGCGAAUCGGAUUGUGGUAACGGUAGUCAACUAAUGCUGUCACCACAAAAUUCUCAACAUACUAUUAGCGAUCGGGUCGAGAUCACUGACGUCAUCGCUGACAAACCAAUGGCGUCACCGACACCACCACCUCCAAAGGUGGAAUACUGUAAAGAGCUACCUCCAAAACCAAAACCAAUUACUUCAAGGUCACCAUCGCCAAAAUCAAAGCUGUUGACAAAAUCGCCUUCUCCGGUGCCUCCAAUCAAAGAAGAAAACAAUGAAGCACCAGCAGUUCCAAACAUGCCACCACCAGCAAAGAAGAACACUAAAAUACCAUCAGCGCCAGCCACACGAACCCCUGAAGGUGGCCCUCCUGAAUUUACGGAGGUCAGAACUUCUCGCAUCCCGAAACGAGGAGACAGCAUCAAAACACCAAUCAUCGAGCGAAAGCUUCCGGCAUUGCCAAAAUCGGUUACUCACCGGAGUCAAAGCGCUGAAGAUAAAGAACGAGCGGAUGUGUGGAGUAGACUCUACCUGGACAAAAAAGCCGGUUUGAAGAAGACGCGAGAAAUUAGACCGCCGACAAGGUUUAACAGCGAGCAUGAGAUCACAUCCACAGUUACAAGCCCACCAAUAUCGCCUCCGAAUCGGCCUACAACUACUGAUCUAAAAUUCAGUACGCUCGAUCGUGAACGAAGAGAACGUCUUGCAGCCAAUCAAAAUGUACUUGAUCGACAAACGGAAGAAUUACGAAAGCUUGGUGUUCUGUAAAAUAACUCUAUUCCUCAUUUCUGUGAAAUUAUGUACAAUAUCGAAUGAUUGAUCUAAACAUGUCACUCGAAAUACGGAGCCUUAUUUAUUGUGAUAUUUUUAGCGUUUAUUUGAAAGAACUGCCUCGCGAUGACUUCCAGUACUUAGCCUGCCUUUGAUUGUGUAGGUGCUCUCUUUCCCGCAUAUUUCCUAUUUCUGAAUGUAUGUUUUUGAUUGUUACUUUGUAUUCCAUGGAACAUGCACUUACAUCCGUUUGUCAUUGUUUAGUGAUGAUUGCCUUUAUUG